CCAGCACACACGAGCUCAAGCUCAGGGCCGUGGACGCAGCUUCAAACAAAGACCCAUGUUACGCUCUGCAUCAAGUACCGUCCGUGGACACUUGGCGCCUGCAACUUCAGGAGCUAACGUGCAGUGCGUCUUGACACUGUUGACAACAGGACCCACGACGUCGACUCCAUUGCAAGCGUUAUGGCCGCUGACGGGGACAAGAAGGGGGUGUGGAUUGAUGGGUGGUUGGAUGCACUCGAGUGCUUUGAAGUGCAUUAUGCAUGCGACCAUGCCGACGUCGUCGCCAUCGUCCGGAAAGUUUGCGGUAGCUGGGUAGCUAGCUACCUACAUAACGUCAUGAUGGGCAAAGUAGCUUUGUCUCAUGAGAUUGUGCUACAGGAUGUCCGCAAGAAGAGUUGGAAUGCGAUGGCAGAGCUGGCGCGGCGAAAGGCGGAAGGCUUGACAAUGGGGUGCAGGUCGACACCGUGCGGCUCGCAAGUGGGAAACGCUGCAAAUGUAACCCGGGGAAUCGCGUGGGCAGUGUGUUGCUAACGGCAGCUACAUCCCGAAAUUGUCGUAACUUAGAAACCCUCAUCCACAAGGGCCUUGUGAAUGAUUGCUGCGACAGAAAACUAGUUGAACACUGCAAGUUUUCCCAAAUGAAUCACCUAGGUCUGUACAGCUACAUAGAGCGACUCA